AUGUCUUCGGAAAACAAUAAUUUAUUAACAAAAUUGACAAAGCCAUUCACUAAGGGUGACUCAAAGUCUGAACAUGAAGUCUCUGGUCACUCCAAGAGAGUAAUUGACUUGGCUUAUGAGGAAGGACAAAAGGCAUUUCAUGCUAGAAGUUCUGACAAGCUGUCCGGCGCCUAUUCAAGCCCAACGCAUUCAGGAACCGCGGGCUCGGUUGCUGGAGCUGGAACUGGAAGUAGACACUCGUCAUCCUCCACGCACUCUGGAAAUGUCAUUACUGAAUCAUCGGUAGGUAAGUUGGUUUCCACUCCACCAAGAGUUAACCGUAAGCCAAUUGACCGUACCCCACCUGGUGACUAUUCCAAUUCUAAGGGACCACUUGAUGACUCUGUAGUUGCCAACUCUGUUGAGCACGGUCAGGGUGAAACUGAUGUUACGAAGAACUCAAAGCCACUCUACGGAGAUGACUCCGAAGUUAGACAAGGUGCUGGUUACUUCUAUGAACCAAAGGACACCCAAGGUGGAAUUUAUAACAACAAGGAUUCUUCAAACUACAAGGAGGCCACCCAAGCUCAAUUGCCGGUUGACCGUAAUUUGAAGACUGAGCCAACUGGCUACCCAGCUCAUUCUUCCACUACUGCUGGCCAAGGUAGGGCUAGAAGAUCUAGUAACCUGGAGCAUGCUGCUUUCUUGGAAGAAAAACAUCGCGAAGCUGUCAAUGCCCACGGUGGAGUUCACGACGAUGGCUCAUCAAGCUUUGCUGGUGUAAACCAAGGUAGAGCUAGGAGAGCUAGUAACCUGGAACAUGCUGAUUUGUUGGAACAAAAGCACCGUGAAGCUGAAAGAAAUCACUUGAGGGAAGAAUCUUAUGUAGCAGGAACUAAGCAAGCUGAAUAUGAACAAUCCAAGAACUCUUCUCAUAAAACUUCUGCUGGUAUAAUUGGUGCUACUGGGGCCGUGGCAGGAGGUGCCGCUUACGCUGGCUCCAAGAACCAUAACUCCAACACUCAUAGAGAUACUAAUGCCCUUAACCGUGAUAAUGUUUCUACGAAUGCUGUGAUUGAUGCUCCUUAUGCUUCCGAUAAGUCACAUGCUAAAUCUGACACUGCCAACUAUUUAACUCCAGUGACUGACACUUCGAAGUUAUCUUCUACCAAGAACCAUUCACAUGUUGUUGAUGCAGCUUAUGCCGCAGGUCAGAAGAAAGCCCAUGAAGAACGCCAAACUUCCAGUUCAAAGAGUGAACAUGGUAAGACUCCAGCUGUCGGUGCUGGUGCAAUUGCUGGUUCUGGUGCUGCUGCUUCUUCUGGUUCUCAGCAUCACGCCAAUACUACUAAAUCCGGUUCUCACUCUGGUACUGGUGCCACUUCUCGCGAUGUCGACACUGGUUCAAACCAUAAAUCUGGUACUAGUGGUUCUGCUGCUGCUGCCGCCGCUGCUGCGGGUGUUGCUGCUACUUCUGGCUCUCACAAUCACUCCAAUGCUAAUACAUCAGGCUCUCACUCUGGUGCUGGUGCUACUUCUGCUACUACUUCUACUGCUGCUAAAAACGCUAGCACUCCUAAUACCAGUGCUUCCGAUUCUACGCAUACUAGUAAAACAUCAUCUGAAACUAAGUCAGGUGCGGCUGAUUCUAAAGCUGGUGAGAGUACAAUCGAUCCAACUAUAAAUAGUGAUCCAGCUCCACCAUCUGGUACUAUUCCUUCCUCCCUUCCUGGUGGAACUAAGCAUUAUUCAUCACUUUUGGAUCCUGUCGAGCCAUCUGAAUCUACUGGAAAUGCUACUCACCUGAAGGGUGCCUCUAACAGCUCUAACCAAGGACUUGGGUACACUGGUGCUGCCGCUGCCACCGUUGCCGCUGCUGCUGGUGCUGCUGCUGGUGCUGUUGGUUCUGUUUUACCAUCAGGCUCUCUGAACAAGCAGACUAACGUUGGCAGUAAAGGAACUGUAGAUGAUGUGAAUUCCUCAACUUCACAUGGUGUCCCACAUGCCUCCCAUGAAUCUACCACUAGAUCUACUCUUGACCCUACUGCUGCUUCUGCUACAGCAGGUACCGCUGUCACUGGUGCUUCUACUGGAUCUUCCACUUCUCCACAUCACGCAACUGAUAGUUCAAAGCAAACUUCGGUUGAAGAACCAACUAGCGCCUCCACUACAUCCUCUGGUGGAAUUUUGAGCUCUCUUGGUUGGGGUUCUAAGCCAGCUGACGAAACUUCUACCGACAGAACUAACUCCUCUGCCCAUGCAAAGGAAUUGGAUGAAUCCACCCAUCAACAAACUACGACCGCCAGUCCAGGAAUUUUGUCUGGUAUCGCUUCUAGUAUUGGUUUGGGUGCAUACGCUGGAGGAAGUCAAUCCCUGUCAACUGACCAUAAAGACAUCUUAGACAGAGCUUACGCUGAAGGUUCAAAAAAGGGAAAGUCUGAUCAUGCCACUUCUCACCAUGCUGGAGUAAAUGAAGCUGGAAUUGUUGGUGCCGCGGGUGCUGCUGGCGUUGCCAGUGCAUCUCUUGGUAAGCACGAGUCCUCUAUUCCAUCCUCUUCAUAUCCUCAAGGUGCCCACUCUACUUCAGGUCAAGCUCCUAAGAGUAAUGCUUUGAAUGAUUCCACUUCGAAGAAUGCUGUGAACUCUGGUUCUAAUGUUGAUGACGAUAACUUGGUUGUUGAAGUUGUUGGCGUCAAAGAAAAGAAGGAUGCCGAGAAAAUUGCACACAAGACUUCGCAAGGCUUAUUAGACAAGGGGGUUGAUUUAUCUUCAGGAAAGCUUGUUAUCAACGCUGAUACUAAGAAGGUUUACAAAGUGGAUACACCAACACAUGGCCAUGAAACUGCUGCUGCUACUUCUCAUUCUUCUUCUGGUACUGAUUCUCGGGUCUACCAUGAUGAGCAUGACUUGGCUAAGGCCCGUUUAGCUGCUGCUGCAAGCUCUGCCACUCUGGGAAGCACUACCAGACAUGAAGGUGCUGCUGCAGGCUCUGCCACUCUGGGAACCACCAGACAUGAAGGUGCUACUGCCCCUUCAUCAAAGACACCAAGUGCAUCUGAAAUUGCUGUCACUGUAAAGGGUACUUCCGAUAAGGCUGAUGCGACUCGCAUUGCCAAUGAAACUGUUGCCAGUCUCAAGAAUCAACCUGAGUUGUUAUCUAAUGUCAACGCCAUUAAGAUUGAUUCUACCACCGGAAUUGUCACCGAUGAACAGGGAAAUGAACUUGCUAGAGGCUUGAACACCACCAGUACUUCUGGCUCUACUUCUGGCUCUACUUCUGGCUCUACUUCUGGCUCUACUUCUGCUUACAAACAUGAACCGGUUUCUGGUGGCCAUGCAACCUCUACCUACUCUGAAGAUUCAAUUCCUCGUAAUGUCGAAUCUGAAAGUCACAGAGAUACUGCUGCUACUUCUGGAUUGACUUCUUCUUCUAACAAGGAAAAGGCUUCUCUCCAUAUGCCAGGAGCAUUCCCAUAA